AUGGAGAAAGCUGAUGAAUUUGUUCGUUUGAACCCAGAACUAAAAGACAAAAUCGAAUUUGUCAUCGUCAAGGACAUUAGUGAAUCAUACGCCCUUAAGGAUGUCAUCAAGGACUGUGACUAUGUCUGUCAAUUUGCUUCUCCUGUCUCCGUUUACGUCGCUGACUACAAGACUCAAAUCUUGGACCCUGCUGUUAACGGUAUCCUUAGUUUCUUGGAGGCAGCCGCCACUGAACCAAAGGUAAAGCGUGUGAUCAUCAUUUCUACCUCUGCUGCUACCGUUAACUUUACUGCAGACCCCAAUGCAGGUUAUACCUAUAAUGAGAAGGACUGGAAUCCCGUUAGUUAUGAGGAGGCUAUGCAACCUUCUAUGCAAAGUAAUCAAGUCGAUGUUCGUGACGUUGCCAAUGCCUACGUUUUUGCACUUAAGAACCAGCAACCGCGAUCAGUUCUUCGUGAGAAAUUCCCCGAAAAGAAGGAUGUCAUUUCCGAACCUUCUAAUGUCCCCUUCAACGAAAAACUGUACAAGUGGGACAACUCUCUCUCCAUCUCUCGGUUUCGAAUACUACAGUGA